AUGCGCUUUUACGAAGAUAACCUCGCGCUCGGCGCGUUAAGCGCGGUGCGGAGGGGUAUUUCGGUCAUUUGCUCUGCCGGGAACGACGGCCCUGCUCAUACCACUGUAGUGAACGGAGCCCCAUGGAUUCUAACAGUCGGCGCCAGCAUAACAGACAGGAGCUUGAGGGGAACAACUGUGUUAGGGAACAAUGUAGAACUUAACGGCGAAUCGGUGUUUCAGCUCGAUUCUCCGCCUCUGCCACCACAACUACGUCUGCUUUACCCCGGAAUGAACGGCGAUUUCGCUGCUAGUUUCUGCGAUGCAGAGUCGCUAAAUGACACGAGUAUUGUCAAAGGAAAUAUCGUUUUGUGUCGUAUCGAGUCGACAAGAAGUAGACGAACCGAACAGGGUCAACGGGUGAAAGAUGCCGGUGGGGCCGCCAUGAUUCUGAUGAACAUGGACUAUCAGGGAUUCACCACAUCCGCGGACGUUUACGCCAUUCCGGCAACAAACGUGAACUAUGAAGAUGGACUAACGAUCUUGUCUUAUUUGAAUUUGACAUCUACUCCAACAGCAACAAUCGAAUUCAAAGGAACGAUAUUCAGCGAUAGAAAAACUCCGACGGUGGCUAACUUUUCUGCCAGGGGACCGAAUUACGAAAGCCAGGGAAUCCUAAAGCCGAAUCUCGUCGCAAGUAAUAACACGAGAAGUAAUCAUUUCAAAAUGAUCUCGGGUACUUCGGUGUCGUGCCCUCACCUGAACGGCGUGGCGGCAUUGAUCAAGAGCUCGCAUCCCGAUUGGUCGCCCGCCGCCAUCAAAUCGGCGAUCAUGACUUCUGCUGACGUCAUGGAUCGCGAGAACCACCCAAUAAUGGACGAAGAGCAUUUCCUGGCCGAUUUUUUCGUUAUCGGUGCGGGCCAUGUCAACCCUGCACGGGCGAGCGAUCCGGCGCUUAUUUACGAUAUCGCCCCUGACGAAUAUAUCCCUUACUUGUGCGGCUUGAAUUACACGAGUAGGGAGGUAAGCAAGAUCUUGCUACGUAGAGCGCAUUGCUCGGCGGUGCCGAUAAUUCACAAAGGGCAGUUGAAUUAUCCUUCGUUUGCAAUUCGGUUAGGAUCGCCUAGUCAGACUUUUACGAGGACGGUCACUAAUGUUGUUGGAAAAAUAAUCUGCUAUGAACGUAAAUUUGUCGAGGCGAGUUGA